GGGCGGAGCUGCUGUGAUGAAGAGUUAAUCAGAGAUUGUGGUCCUCAGCGGAGAGGGAGGAGGCAACCCGAACCAACUGGUUAAAAACUCCUCAAAUAACGACUGGAAGCGUCAGGAAUGGACCGACUGGAUCCGUUAAAAGAGAGAACAAGAGCUGCGGAACCGGCGAACUGAACUUUGAGAGCAGAGUUUUCCUGUUUGGUCGUCCAGGGGGAGACCCUGAGGGUUGACGGGUCAGGCGGUCCGCUGGGGAACCAACAUGGAUGUCCUGGUGCGCCACUGAGGAAGACCGUUUCUGGGUUAUUGGAGCCGAAGAGUUCGUCUGGAGCAGCUGGGGGAGGUUCUGAAGCAGGGCCCAGUUCACCAGAUGUUCAAGUUGCGGAGGCGAGACGUGCCGCACCCAGAGUGGCCGGACGAGGACUCAGCUCUCGGCGGUGCUCCCGGACCUCCAUCUACCGCAGUCCCGAUGGGGCCCAACAUCUCGUGGUUCCCCGAAGCCCCGCUCCUGGGAACGGACCAACCCACCUUCCUGAUGUCCCCAGGUGCGCAGGCGAUUUCUGGCUUCUUCGUCUGGACCGCUCUCAUCCUCACCUUUCACCAGAUCUACAUGCACCUCCGUUUCUACAGCUCUCCAAAAGAGCAGCGCCACAUUGUGCGUAUCCUCUUCAUCGUUCCCAUCUACGCCUUCGAUUCCUGGCUCAGCCUGCUCUUCUUCACCAACGACCAGUUCUAUGUGUACUUUGACACCAUCAGGGACUGCUACGAAGCUUUUGUCAUCUACAACUUCCUGAGUCUGUGCUACGAGUAUCUGGGAGGAGAGAGCGCCAUCAUGGCAGAGAUCCGUGGAAAACCUAUAGAGUCCAGCUGUGUGUACGGAACCUGUUGUCUCAGAGGAAAAGCUUACUCCAUAGGAUUCCUGCGCUUCUGCAAGCAGGCCACGCUGCAGUUCUGCGUGGUCAAGCCCCUCAUGGCCACCAUCACUGUUGUGCUGCAGGCCUACGGCAAAUAUAAAGAUGGAGACUUCAACGUUGCCAGCGGAUACCUGUACGUCACCAUCGUCUACAACAUCUCCGUCAGCUUGUCUCUCUACGCUCUCUUCCUCUUCUACUUCGCCACCCGCGAGCUGCUCAGCCCUUACCGGCCCGUGCUCAAGUUCUUCAUGGUCAAGUCCGUCAUCUUCCUCUCCUUUUGGCAGGGCAUGCUGCUGGCCAUCUUGGAGAAAUGUGGGGCGAUCCCCCAGAUCAGCUCACCGGAGGUUUCAGUGGGUGAGGGCACCGUCGCCGCCGGUUACCAGAACUUCAUCAUCUGCAUAGAGAUGUUUUUUGCAGCGCUGGCCCUACGACAUGCCUUCACCUACAGAGACUACAUGGAUAAAAGCCUCAACUCAAGAGGCCGCUGUGCCCCGAUGAAGAGCAUCUCCAGCAGCCUAAAGGAGACGAUGAACCCCAGAGACAUGGUCCAAGACGCCAUCCACAACUUCUCCCCGGCCUACCAGCAGUACACGCAGCAAUCCACUCUGGAGCAGGGGGCGCCACCGCCCGUCCUCUGCACCCGCGGCACGCUUGGUGCCCGCGGCGACACAGAGAAGACCCUCUUGCUCAGCUCAGAUGAUGAAUUCUAGAGCAGAACAUUUCUGUUUCUUCUCACUGCAGCUGAACCUCACACUGAAACAUGAAGAGUGGAUGUGUUGUUUCUGGGACUGACGAGAGAAGCAAGGACCUUCAUGCAGAAACAUUUCUGCAUCCACAUGUCUUAUUUGUUGGGAACACACAAUGCUGAUUUAGUGCUUUUGGGCCUAGUUUUACUCCUGGGACAGAUAUCGAUCCCUAGUUUUCCCAUGAUCUUGUCCCACAAGUGUUUUACAAAUGAAAACUUAAAUUUAAAUCAUUUUAGCCAUGAAUGGAGUAAUAUUCAAAUGUUAUAAAUAUUAAAGGUUUUUAUUUUAUCAUCUUUAAAUUAUUUGAAUUAUUUCUCAGCAACAGCAGAAAAUAUCGAGAGAAAUUAUUUGUCAUAAAUCUAGACUGAUGUGCUUAGAGCCAUAUCCAGUGUCAGCUGGUCAGAAUAUGGACUAAGCCGGAAGGAACAGAACCCGACAAACUGCCGGGCCGUCUGCCAGAUUCAAUGCUGAGGACACCAGCAUUGAUCCAUGUUGGUAUUGACACUGGAGUUAGGAGGGAGGCGAGGCGUUUUAUGGAUCUCACCGUUCAGCUGCACAACUGUGAAGCACAAGUGAGGAUUACAGUUUGAUAAUUGGGUUAUGAUUGGCCAGGAUUACCAGAACCGGACCUCUGCAGGUCACAGUGUAGCUUGAAUAGCUUUAGGCACAGGACUGCAGAUAAUUAUCACUUCUAAGUUUUGUUCCAUCUUUCUUUUGCCUGCUCACAUUGAUGUUCAAGAAACAGACCUGUACAGGAAAACAGAAACUUUAUUUUAAAUGCUCCACACUACAAAAUCCUUUAUUUCUUGUUGUUUCUGGGUGUAACAUAUUGUUUUAAACAUAUUUUAUCCUAACAUCGUGACUGGACAACAAUGCCUUGGCCUUCCAGAAAUGUCAGUCUCCCAUCAGAUUCAGUUAAAAAGUAAAAAUAAAGCUGACUAAAAUGUUCUUCCUCCAUUUGGAAGCACUUUGGUUCUCCCACUGAACCUCUUGAUGUGGUGUUUGUUUAGAUCUCCCUCAAACAUGGCUACUUUUCCUGUUUUUGACUCAUAAUUGGACUUCUUGAGUCAUCUAGAUGAGUCAUGCUGAAAAUGCCAACUUGUUUACUUGAUGGUACUUUCACUGCUUUGCUGUAGCUCAGGAUGACACCAGGGGGCGCUCUAAAGAGCUUCCCAUCUUCUCCAGCAACAUGAAGGUUUCCCACAUUUCCAGUCUCGGUAAACAGCAGCAGGUCUUGGUAUCUGUUGCAUGUUUUGUUGGAGAACAGAGGAGAUCCUUGUGCUGUUAUUCUGCUGCAGCCUGAUGCAACGUUAACUAUGAAUAGGAAGGAGGCACACAGGAGCUGCAGACUAUUUUUAGAUGUAAUGUAAACCAGAUCAUUUGAAUGCUUAUUUUGGGAUUUCUCCUCAGUUUGCAGGUUUAAAAUAAAAAAGUGUCGGUCUUGCUGUUGUUUAAAUGCCAGAAUUCACUCGUAAAUGUUUCCUUUGACUUGUUCUGCUGCAGCAGUUUGGUGUGGUUGUAACAAAUCGUCUGAUUUCAUCACCUUUAAGUGCUUCUAUGUAAAAACAAACAUGUUUUUUAUCGGUUUUCAGUCGUUAGGAUCAGCUGCUUACAGUUCUGCUGCUGUGAUAUCACAUAAAUAAACAGAGGAAACAAUAAAA